UAAGGGAAAUUCGAAAGUUAAAGACAUAUGUGGGAGAAGCAAAUGUCGUUUUCAGAUUCCAAAUGCUAAUGAAUAGUAGAUCUUCAUCGUCUGCAACUGAGAAAGGGAGUGAUAUUGAACUAAUUGUAAAACAUGAUCCCGAUGAAGGAAAGUUUUACGUUGACGUGGAAGAUGUUGGUAGCGCAUAUAUAGAGUACGAUAGAAAUGAAGAGUUGGUUAUUAUAAAGCACACAGAGGUACCGAAAGAAUUAGGAGGUCGGGGAAUCGGAAAAAUACUAGCAAAGAUAGCUUUGGAAUAUGUGGCUAAAAACGAUUUGCAGCUAGAAAUAAAAUGUCCUUUUGUUCGUAGCUAUGUUUGUAAAUAUGAACCCAAGUACAUAAAAUAUAUACAAAAAUAAAAUUAUAUUUUAAGUAAAAGCUGAUUAGUCUUUGAAAACGUUUAUAUCGUGCUGAAAUAUUAUUACUGUGUACUGUAAGUAUGUUGGAUACGGAUGAUUUUGAAAGCCUCUUACUAUACUAUGGGCGAUCAGAGUUUUUUCACAUUAUGCAGAAGACUGCUUUAGACGGAUUGGCACGCUUUCCGUCACAUAUUGUGUUUAGACUUUACAAUGGCAUUGCACUAGUGCUAGGAAACCGGGUACAAGAGGGAAUACGCGAAUUGAAUCCUUUAAAGAAUGAUUCAGAUCUUGGAAUUGGCGCUGUAAUUGCUCUACUUUAUGCACACAAACACUGCAGUGUUGUCGAUCGCGAUGCAAUUGGAGUGCUUGAAAAACGAUUAACGGAUGACCUAAAAAAGGGAAGUGCAAUUGGAUUUUACAAUGCAGCAGUAUUCCUUUUCUUAGCAAGGAAGUACGAAAAGGCUCGCGAAUAUGUUGAUAAAGCAUUACAACUCGAUAGUCAGCACGAGUAUUCUAUUGUGUUGAAGGCGUGGACGGAAAUGUGUCAAACUGUAGGUCUCGUUGGUGGAAAUAUAUUAAACACCCUAGAACACGUAUUGGCUAAGAGCAGCAAGAAUAUUGAUUUAUCUUUGGCACUAGUGAGAUAUUAUCAACUAAGAGGUGAAUUUGAGAACGCCAUUAACAACUUGAAUAGACUUUCCGUGCGAUUUCCGGAACUUAAUAUUCCCUUAAUUGAGAAGAUGAACACUCAGUUGGCUGCUUUAGAUUGGGAUCAUGCCUAUGAGACGGCUUUACGCAUAAUAAACUUGGAGCCUACUAAUAUACCGGCUUUACAGGUAAAGGCACUAUUGUUGAUUACACGAGAGGGGAACAUGAAGGGUGGUAUUUCUACUCUGCAACAAUUACUAGUUGCUACUGAGCGCGUAGAGUCUAGUAAUUCGAAAAUUCUUUUGAAGAUAUGUCAGCUAUUUGCUCACAUAAGUUCACGCAAUGCAGAACUAUUGUCGCUAACGCUACGAUUUAUUGACAAGCUUAUUCAAUCUAAUCCAUCGGGUGUAGAAUACAUUGUUGAGUUGGGAAAUGAACGAAUGCUAUUAGGAAAUAUCAAAGAGGCGGCGAUAUGCUAUCGCUCAGCAAUUAAAAUAGAUAGCAAUAACUUUAACGCUCUUUGCGGCCUUACUGCUUGCCAGUUGUUAGAACAUGGAUGUACUGAGCAGGCUCAACAACAAGUUGAAUUUUUGAACGAGUUACGUCCGGGCGACUGUGAUCCAUUGUUAUUAUUUUUACGAGCGAAAAUUACAUCUAGAAGUGAUCAAGCCAUUGCACUUUUGACCAAAGCAACGGAAAUUCAUAUGCGAAAGUUGGAAGGACACGCUUUUGGACCAGAAUAUGCUCACAUUAUGAAUCCAGAAUUUUUAUUACAGAUUACAGCUGAAUUUUUGCACCAUUCACCGGUUCAAGUUAACAUUAAGCAUGGACUCAAUUUAUCUCAAGACACGUUGCAUAUAACACUUAAACAUUGUAUGACGAUCUUAGAUAAUAUUCUUAAGUUUUGUCCUUCACAUAUACAAGCAAUAUUUAUGAGGGCCAAGGUACAUUUCUUGUGUGGUGAAGUGGCUAUGGCAGCUACAAUAUUGCAAAAAAUUCUCAAUGAUAUUGAUGUAACUUAUACGGAUGCAUACCUCCUAUUGGCCCAGAUCCAAAUGCAGCAGCAACAGUAUUCUAAGGCACUGCAGUCUCUUGAGUUAGCCCUUUCAUAUAAUUUUGCAAUUAGAGAAAAUCCUCGAUAUUAUUUACUGUUGGGCAUUGGACAGCGUCAUCAACAGCAGUACACGGAGGCUCAAAAAAGCUUUAUAUCUGCCAUGCAUUUGGUAGGCAAUGAAACUUCACUACCAGAACGCAUUCAAUCGCCUAAUAGCAGAGCUCGAACUGAGUUGCUCAGUAAUUUUACUGUCGCCGAUAAGGUGACCCUGUAUCUGGAAUUGAUUAGCACUUACAAAGAUAUUGGCGACAGUCAGGGAGUUUAUGAGAGCGAACGUCUAUUACAAUGCGCUAUGGAAGAAUUCAACGAAACAUCUGAGGAAGGACGUUUAGUUAUUGCUCAUGCUGAAUUUAUGCUACAAAAUGCUAAUGUCAAUAAGGCCAUUGAUCUUUUAUCAGCCAUACAGCCAGGUCAAUCUUAUUACAUUCAGGCAAAAACACAUUUGGCAAAUAUACAUUUACAAUAUCGUAAAGACCGUGUCGCGUUUGCAAGGUGUUUCAAAGAACUGGUAGAAAAUUGUCCUGAAUCUGAAAGUUAUUUAAUGCUGGGAGAGGCGUACAUGUCUAUUCAAGAGCCGGAUUUAGCUGUUGAGGCAUAUCAAAAGGCGUUAGAGUUAAAUCCACAUGAUUCUCAUUUAGCUAGUAAAUUGGGUAGAGCCUACGUUAAAACACAUCAAUAUGUUAAAGCUAUACAAUUUUAUCAAGAGGCACUAAAAAACCAAAAUCAUGAAAGUUUAAAUCUAAAUUUAGCCGAACUUUUUUUAAAGUUAAGACAGUUUAAAAGCGCUGAAGAAGUUUUAACAAAAAAUGAAGAUCAAAAACAAAUAGAAUUGUUGGACAUUGAUGGACUACAAUUGAGAACUAAGCGACUUUUAUUAUUGGCUCGCGUCCAUGAAAAAGCUGGAAAUAAUAGUAUUGCUAUGCAAAUUCUUAAAGAUGCUAAAGAAAAUCAAUAUAGAAUACAGAAGCGAAUCAGUGUUGAUCAAUCAGGAAGCAUACAGGAGCAAAAUAAAACAUUGUCCAAAAUUUGUUUGCUUAUGGCACAACAUUCCAUUAAUUUGAGAAAUAAUGAGCAGGCAUUAUCUUGUUUCAAAGAAUGCUUAAAAUAUACACCGAAUGACAUUGAGGUAUUGACAUCGCUCGGUCGCCUUUACAUGCAAACGAAUGCAAUGGAAAUGUGUCGCGACGUGUGUCUGCAAAUUUUGCAGAUUGACAGUAACCAUGAAGCAGCAUCUGUAAUGAUGGCCGAUUUGUCGUUUCGAAAAAUGGAUUUUGAAAAUGCAGCUUACCACUUUUCGCAGUUGUUGUUGGCCCAACCUUGUUAUUGGACAGCAUUAGCUCGUUUAAUUGAAGUUAUGAGGCGCUCUGGUUCAUUGCUGGAUGUUAUGCCAUUUCUACAGCGUGCAGAGCAAGGAACUCAAAAUCCCAACCAAGCUCCGGGACUUAAUUACUGCAAGGGACUAUAUGAAUGGUAUAAUGGAAAUCCGAAUGGUGCACUGAGAUACUUUAACGCCGCACGAAGAGACUUUGAAUGGGGUCCUCAAGCGAUAUUUAAUAUGAUUGAAAUUUGUAUCAAUCCGGAUGGAGACAUUCCAAAUGGUUCUGAUCUAUUAGAUAAUGGUGACAGUGGAGACUUUAGUGAUGCACGUGCUAUAGCACUACGAACUGCUGACAGAUUGCUCAAAGAAUUGCGUCCUCGACCAAUUGGUUUAGACAAUGAGACACUUAACCAUCGAAUGUUACAAAACUUUUUAAAAUUGGCCUCAAAGCAAAAGUUUCAAAUCGAAUCUGCCCUUCAGGAUUUUGCCGAAUUGGCAGCUCGUGAUGAAUUUCAGAGUUCUGUCGGAACAAUAUUAGGCAUGGCAACCGGUCUCGUGCAGUUAAAACAAACACAAAGGGCUAAAAAUCAUUUAAAACGUUUAGCUAGAGUUAGUUGGAAUUUUGAGGAGGCCGAGUAUUUAGAGCGUAGCUGGUUAUUAUUGGCUGAUAUUUAUGUUAACGCCAACAAAUGGGAUGUCGCUGAAGGUUUGGUUGAUAAAGUUCUGGAACAUAACAAAUCAAGUGCAAAGGCAUACGAACUGUCUGGGUAUAUAGCUGAAAAAUCGCAAAAUUAUAGAGACGCUGCAAAAAAUUACAAUAACGCAUGGAAUUGCUGUGGACGUUCUAAACCUCAUAUUGGAUAUAAACUGGCUUACAAUCAUAUGAAAAUCAAACGGUUUGCAGAUGCUAUUGAAAUUUGUCAACAAGUACUUAAAUUACAUCCAGAUUACACUAUAAUUCGUAAGGAUAUUCUUGAGAAAUGUCGAAAUAAUUUAAGACCUUAAAUAAUUAGUAAUAACAGGCUUGAUUUUAAUUCUUUUGCUUAAAACAAAGGACUCAAAAAAGUAAAACAGCCCUGCAGGAAAUGGAACUAGUACCAAACUAGUAUUUUACUAGUACCAAAAUCACCAGUACUAGUUCCCAACUGUAAACUUUCCUAUACCAUCAUAAUGCUCCAAUUAACAUUGAGUGUGUUUGAAAAAUUAGUAGUACCAUUAGUUCUAGACUUAUACUAGUACACUUGGACCCAAUUGGGUUCUUUAGAACUAGUUUGAUACUAGUUCUAAUAUUCAUAAAAGUCGCACAAUUCCAAGUUAAAAUUACUACACAACUAGUUUUUUAUAAGGUUUUAUUUCUAAAGAUACAAAAAAAAAAAAUACAAUAAAAAAUGUUGUAAAUACAUUUACCUAACAAUUCAAUAUGAAAAUUUGAAGAAAUUCUGGUUUCCAAAAAUUCCUUUCAGGCACAUAUCUCCAUUUCGUUAUAAAAACAUUUGCCGUACGAUAAAAUUUAAUAGACGUACUUACAUAGGGAUUUGCCAGCAACCGGACCUAAAUUUGCAUGCACUAUUUAUCCUCUCAUUUGAAGGGAUAUGUUUGAAAAUAUCGUUUUUUAUGCAAAAUGUUUCAAAAUUAUAUUUUAAUAAUUUAAAAAAUUUAUUUUUUUCAACACAUGUCAAACAAAAAUCAGCUUUAGAAAAUAAGCACAGUUUUUAGUAACAAUGCAAGAAAUCUAACAUUUAACUUUUAUCUUAGAAAAACCUAUUUUUAUACCCACCAUCAAAAAAGAUGGGGGGUAUAUUGAUUUUCUCAUUCCGUUUGUAACACAUCGAAAUAUUGAUCAUAGACCCACAAAAGUAUAU